AUGGCUCAUUCGACACUCUUAUCUACCGUAGCACCUCCGACAAAUCUUGCCCAAACUAAUCAAACCGACAAAUCUUCUGGUCAUCUGCAAAAUUGGUUUCAAUCCAACCGUGGAUCCGGCAAUAAUCGUGGAAGACGAGGACGGGGGAACCGGAAUUGGCAGCCACGCUAUCAACUCUGUUCUCAAUUCGGCCAUUGGGUGUUUCAAUGUAGGGAACGGUUCAACCCUGCCUUUCAACCGCAACCUCAACACGCCUACAACCUACUUGUCCCAAAUCUCCACAUAUCACUCAGCGCUUACUUGACAACUCAUCAUAAUCCACAACCGGCACCGCCCGAUAGUGGUGCUACUCACCACAUCACACCUGAUCAAAGGAUCCUCCACUCAUAUACUCCUUAUCAAAGCGCCAAUCAGCUGCAGAUAGGUAAUGGCUCAAGUAUGGCUAUUUCUUCUACGGGCACCACUAUAAUUAAAACCCAUUCUUUUCUCUUAAAAUUAAAUAAUAUAUUGCAUGUCCCUCACAUUCGAAAACAUCUACUUUCCAUUAAACAAUUUACCACUGAUAAUAACGUUUUCAUUGAAUUUCAUACUACCUACUGUCUCAUGAAGGAUGAGAAAAAACCUCCAAAAUCCUCCUCAAGGGAACAACAGAAGAUGGACUUUAUCUUCUUCAAUCACAUGGUCAACCUUUGGUUUUCUUGGGAGCAAAGACAGACCUUGCUACAUGGCGCAACCAUCUAG